GCCGUCUGGCCAUCUGGUACGGAAUGUAUUGCCAAGUACAAUUUCCACGGCACAGCCGAUCAGGACCUCCCGUUCAGCAAAGGCGACGUCCUCACCAUCAUCUCGGUCACCAAGCAAAGCUUAUGUGCAAACGGUACUGCACUUGAUGGUGCAGACAAUUUGUGGGUCAUCCCAUGAAACUGAUUGCCAAGAAAUUUACGACCGACAAAAGGAAGUAUUUUUUCACACACAACACACAAUUAACCUCUGGAAUUCUCUGCCACAAGAUGUGGUGACAGCCAACAUCCUGGAUGGCUUUAAGAAAGGUUUAGAUAAAUUCAUGGAGGAGAGGUCUAUCAAUGGCUACUAAUCUGAGGGUUUUUUCACACACACACCCGCCGAGGGGAGCUGCAAAGGGGGCCCACAGCCACCUCCCAGCCUUCUCCCCCCCACCCCCAGCUCCAGUCUCUGUCUGGAGAGUGGGGGAGCCACUGCCACUGUGGGUGGAAGCAGGGUGCUGGGCAGUUGGGCUGCAGCAGCGGGUGCAGCAGAGACUGCUUACUAGCUGAUCCGGCGCAGAGCAUCUGCGCCCCUAGUUCUCCCUCUCUCUCUCUCCCAUCUUCAUUUUGUCUUCAGCCCCAGUCUGUUCUUCCCUUCCCAGUCUGCUUUCUCUCUCCACCCUCCAGCAGCACUUUCCUACCCUGCUGUCUGCCCAGCCUGCCUGAGAGAGACUCCUGCCGGCAACCUUGAAGAAGCUGCUGCCGAUCUGGGUAGACAAUACUGAGCUAGAUGGACCGAUAGUCUGACUCAGUAUCUGGCAGCUCCCUAUGUUGCUAUGUUCCUAUGUCUUUAUGGGGUACCUGAGCUGAAGGAUCCCAACUGGUACAAAGCAAAAAACAAAGUGGGCCGCGAGGGAAUCAUCCCUGCCAACUAUGUGCAGAAACGGGAAGGCGUGAAAGCAGGAACCAAGCUCAGCCUGAUGCCGUGGUUCCACGGCAAGAUCACCCGUGAGCAGGCGGAGCGGCUGCUGUACCCCCCGGAGACGGGGCUCUUCCUGGUGCGCGAGAGCACCAACUACCCCGGCGACUACACCCUCUGCGUCAGCUGCGACGGGAAGGUGGAGCACUACCGCAUCAUCUACUCCUCCAGCAAGCUCAGCAUCGACGAGGAGGUGUACUUCGAGAACCUCAUGCAGCUGGUGGAGCACUACACCUCUGAUGCUGAUGGACUCUGUACGCGCCUCAUCAAGCCAAAGGUCAUGGAGGGCACUGUGGCCGCCCAAGACGAGUUUUCACGCAGCGGAUGGGCCCUCACCAUGAAAGACUUGAAGCUGCUGCAGAUCAUUGGAAAAGGAGAAUUUGGAGAUGUGACGCUGGGUGAGUACCAUGGGAACAAGGUUGCCGUCAAGUGCAUUAAAAACGACGCCACCGCGCAGGCCUUCCUGGCCGAGGCUUCAGUGAUGACGCAGCUCCGGCACAGCAACCUCGUGCAGAUGCUGGGGGUGAUUGUGGAGGAGAAGAGCGGGCUCUACAUCGUCACGGAAUUCAUGGCAAAGGGAAGUUUAGUUGAUUACCUUCGCUCGCGGGGGAGGUCUGUGCUGGGAGCAGACUGCCUGCUGAAGUUCUCCGUAGACGUCUGUGAAGCCAUGGCAUAUCUGGAAGCCAACAACUUUGUCCAUCGGGACUUGGCGGCGCGGAAUGUGCUGGUCUCCGAGGACAACAUUGCCAAAGUCAGUGAUUUUGGGCUGACAAAAGAAGCCUCAUCCACCCAGGACACGGGCAAGCUACCGGUGAAAUGGACAGCGCCAGAAGCACUUAGAGAAAAGAAAUUUUCCACCAAGUCCGACGUUUGGAGCUUUGGGAUACUUCUCUGGGAAAUCUACUCAUUUGGGCGAGUGCCUUAUCCAAGAAUUCCUCUGAAGGAUGUAGUCCCUCGUGUGGAGAAGGGAUACAAGAUGGACUCCCCCGACGGCUGCCCCCAGAUUGUCUACGAGGUGAUGAAGAAGUGCUGGACCCUGGACCCCGUCCACCGGCCUUCCUUCCACCAACUACGGGAACAGCUAGAGCAUAUCAAAGCCGGCGAGCUCUACCUGUGAGGUAGAGCGGGGGGCGGGGCUUCCGACGGACACGCCUCCUCCAUCACUUCCUGUGAUCUAUCCCCACCCCCACCCCAUGCACGAAUGUCAGGGGUCGGGCUGGGCAAGGGACCGAGCAAUGCGGUUGAUCGGGAACCGGAAAUCCUCCACUCAAGGGACUGUACGUAGCGAGACAUAUCGGACAUUUUGCAUAUCCCACGUGCCCCGGCUGGUGGGUGGGGGGAGAGCCUGGCUCCUCCCACUUCCUCAGGGGUGGGGGAGGGAGCUCUCCUGUAUCUUUUUCAGCUGGGUCAUCUGAAGAUGCAGAUCCUCUUCCCCCUUCUUCCCCUUGCCCAAUGGGAAUCCAAUUGGCUGCGGAGGGCCUAACCAUAUUUUAGUAGCAUGCUCUUCAGCCUUCCACUCUGCUCUCUCUUCACGGAACCGCUCCCUCUUUUCCUUCCACCUUUUAUCCUCUGCCCGGGACCAAAUCUCCAUGUCUCCAGUUUCCGCGGGGAGGAGUAAGGAAGACGUACACACUUGAAGCAGCAUGCGGAGGAGAGACAGGAAGGAAGGAAGGAAGGUUGGGGGGAAAGAUGGAGAGGGUUCCCUGCACCUCUCCGAAGUUGUGCAACUCCUGGAAAUACUCAGUUUUACCAAUCCAGUAUCUUUUCCUUUCCCCCAGGUGGAUUUUGUUCAGUUUUUUUUAUGUUAUGUUUUUGUUUUGUUUUUCGGGUCUUUUUGUUGUUUCAAACUGCACCAGAAAUCAGCUCUUUGCUGGGUUUUACUAAAGUUACAAAUCUUAUUUUUUAAUGUAAGAAUUUUUAAAAAGUUUUUAAAAAAAAAAAAAACCACCAAGGAAGAACCAACCACACACAGACACACACGCGCUAAAACUCUGCAAACUCGCAUCUGGCCUAAACCCCAAGCGCGAGUUUCAAGCCGUAGAGUCACCACGGAUGAGCAUUGGGAUUGUGUUUUUUUUUUGCUUAACACAGUGUUUGCAUGCUGUCUCCAGAGGCCUUUCCAGUCCUGUCUAGUAAGCUUUAUGCUCAUAUAAUGCUGCCAACUGUGAGAUUAAACUGUAAUAAAACACAUAUGAACACGUCA